AUGCCUCCAAGGAAGAAAGCCAGAAGCAACAACAUGACCUCUCAAGACAGGCCAAACCAUGGUGACUCGGAAUCAAGGCAAUAUGCCUCCUCAAGAGAAGAAGAACGUCAUAGUGAGGGAGCUUUCACCCUCACAGACGUUGUUGCAGCCAUCCAUGCUAUGGGAGAGACUCAGAAGAAAAUGGCAGAAACAAUCAAAGAGCUGAAAAGUUCGAUUGCUAAGCCAAGUGAAGAAAACGAUAGGCUUCCACAGGAGGAGCCUGUCGCUGCCAGAAAAAGUUCUGAACAAAAGGAGCCAUCAUUUGUCACUCACGAAGAUGUCAUUGCCAUGCUAGAAAAGAAACUAAGUCGAAGUCAGGAAGAUUGGAAGUAUCUUCCUCAGCCACCGUACCCAGCAAGCUUACUCCAGCAGCCCUAUCCCAAAGGUUACGAAACACCAACCUUUGUUAUUUUCGAUGGGAGGAAAGGAAGCCCAAAGGAACAUGUCAACCGAUUCCUUGAUGCUUUGGGGCCAUACGCGGUGAUUAUAAUCUUCGACUCCGAGAAUUCUCAAAGAGCCUCACUGAUCGGGCUUAUACAUGGUACACCACAUUGGCACCAGGCUCUAUGCGUUCCUGGGAUGAUUUGGCGAGCAGGUUUUGUAAAACAUAUUUUCAGCACGAGGAGAAGGUUACCACCACGCAGCUCAAUAACACUCUCCAAAAGCAAGGGGAGGAUCCCGUCGACUUUGUGA